AAUAUUUCCAUAUUGACUGUAGUUGAAACACAAGCUUUGGAUUUAAUGAUUGAUCAGGUGUAUGUGUUCUCCACAGCCGUCCGGUACUGUGACAACUGUCUGGUGAUCAAACCCGACCGCUGCCACCACUGCUCCACCUGUGACAUGUGUGUACUGAAGAUGGACCAUCACUGUCCAUGGGUGAAUAACUGUGUUGGAUUUUCAAACUACAAGUUCUUUGUCUUGUUUCUGGCCUACUCCAUGCUAUAUUGUGCAUUCAUCGCCGCUACCGUCCUGCAGUAUUUCAUCAAAUUCUGGACACUUUGCCGAUGGAGAUCUGUUGGGGAUUGUCCUCAGAAUCAGCUGCCUGACACUCACGCCAAAUUCCACGUGUUGUUUCUGUUUUUUGUGGCGGCCAUGUUCUUCAUCAGCAUCCUGUCGCUUUUCAGCUACCAUCUCUGGCUUGUGGGAAAGAACAGGACCACCAUAGAGGCUUUCAGGGCUCCUGUCUUCAGAAAUGGCCCAGACAAGAAUGGCUUCUCUCUGGGAUUCAGUAGGAACAUGGCWGAGGUCUUUGGAGACCAGAAGAAGUACUGGAUGUUUCCCAUCUACACCAGUCACGGUGAUGGUAACAGUUUUGUCACCCGGUUGGUGAACUUAGAUCCUGAGCAGAUAGCUGUGGGCCUCCAGAUCAACGGCAAAAGCUCUGUAGAUGGUCCUGCAAGCCCCAAGCAUGUCCUUGGCGACACCAUCAACCACAUUGASGAUCAUCAGGAUGGCAGCUUCGACAAAACUGACGUAGCCGAGACGGUCACAGUCACCAUAGAGAGCGAGUCAUAGACAGGUAAGCCUAUGGAUGACUCCYGCUGAAGUGUGCGCGUUUCCUACAGAGCUUAGAGAGGAAACUGAUGACCGUCCAUGAUCUUUGAUUACCAGUCGGCUCAAAACUGCCAAGAGACAACUGAGCCAUCAACUGUGAUGCCUUACAGCCAGCAGAAUCUGUCUAAACAAAAAACCACCCCUUAUCACCUGCAGCACCCCUACUACCAUGGACAAAUGUCAAGUAACAGCUCUUGUAUGGACAUAUUUUCUWUUGCCAUUCUUACAUCCACCAAACAGCAUUCCUGGUAUGAUGGACACAACCUGGACAGUCAUGGACGCUACAUCAGCCAUCUAAGUCCUCACCAAGCGCAUACUCUCUGACACUUCAUCUUUGUUUUUAACCAAAGCUUUUUUUUGUAACUAUGAUUAAUCUCUGGGACUACUCUGUUAUUCAAGCCAAAAAAAGAAGACUCUUUGCACUAGGUUAGGUUAUUUCAGGAAAAGUGCAGGAAAAUAAUURCUUUACACUUAUACACCUCAGUYGAAUUAGUAUUCACUUUCUUUAUUGGAAAAAAGGAAGGGAGUUUACURUUUCUUACCCCAGAAACUCAGUUACUGGUUUUGAUUGGGUUAAGCCCAGGGAAUACAAUGUUCAGGGCCUCAAGACGCAACGUCUCAGUUGACUGUAGUGUGUGUUUGUGUACUGUAUGCACUGUAUGCACUUUACAUUUGAACCCUGUGGAGGGCGCUAAGCAUAUCCAUUGAUUUCAACAGGCCAUACAGUCUUACAGGUGGUUUGCAUGAAAAAAGGCUUUGUAGGACCCUAUGCCAAAUACUUUCCUGCUCAACAUCAUCGUAACUUAAAGCUAGAACACUUUGUUUUUGGCAUUAUAAAUUAAUGAUAUAUAUCCAUUGAUUCUUGAAUAUAACCUAUAAAUGAUUYGUGAGCUUAGUUCAACUGUCAUACCCCUACAGAUUUUUUACUAUGUUUGUAAACAACGUAAAUGUAAACUCAUUUACAUUUAGCUUCAGAAAAUGGUUAAAACUAUCCUUUUUAUAUUUUUGACGGUAAGUCCUUGCAUCCAUAGCUCUGUCUAUGAAUUUGAGUGGUUACAUUUCUCCAGGCCCAUCCCUCAGCUUUUUACCAAAACAGAGGYGGGGUAACACUUUGUCAUUGUUUCAACUGCUGAUUCUAGCUUUUAAAUGUGCCUUCAGUUAAGUUGUUCAGAUUUUUUUUGUUCUGUCGUAUGGAAGGACAAAGGUUAAGUACAGUGCCAUAGUAAAUGGUUCACCUUAGCAUGGUGUAAUUACUUUAACAUUUCUGUUUGCAAUUUUAAACUGUUCAUUUUUGCUAAUACACAUUUGAAGUGUCAUGACCCUAAUGACGCAGGGCCAAAUCCUAACUCUAGAUGCAUGUUUUGCAAAAUUGUGAUCUACAGUACCGGUCAAAAGUUUGGACACACCUACUCAUUCCAGGGUUUUUCUUUAUUUUUACUAUUUUCUACA